AUGGCAUUGCGGCACCUGCAGUCCGCCGCCGCCUCGUCUGCAUCGACGCUCCGGCUAGCCGGCUGCGGCAGCAGGCGCCGACUGCUGACCACGCUGCCGGAGCCGCGGCCAUGGAAACGGAAAGUUUUCCGCAGUGGCCUCGGCUUCCUGCCCAGAGAACGCAGCCUGGCCACGGCCUUUGGCUACGGCCCAGACGACGAAGGUGCCCGUGACGCCCUCGAUGGCCUGCCGAAUGCUCGAUACCCCUCUCUCUACCCCUUACCCCUCGCGGGCCCCCAGCCACGGCCGCUGUGGGAAAUCCGGCCGCACAACGAGUCCUCGCCGCUCGUCGUGUCCGAAGACGACGGACCGACGGCAGUGCGGCAGAAGAUCAACGCCCGUGGAAUUCCCGGCGAUGUCGACGAGAUGCUUUCCGUGGUCGAUGCCUGUCUGCAGGUUGGUAAGUUGGAGCGGGCGGCCCUCGUGCUCAAGCGGCUCAGCCGCCCCGAGUUUGCCGCUGUCGUCGACAUUGUCGACCUGCACAACCGCUACCUGCGUGCCUUGCUAGACCGGCUGACGGCCAGCCCCGACACAGCCGCGGCCGAGGAGCUGCACAAGUGGUACGAGAUCGAGAUUCGCGGCAAGCAGGCCCAGCAGACGCCCGAGACCAUUGCCUACAUGCUCAAGGCAUCGCUGCUGACGGCACACGGCGCCCGACGGGACCGCCUGAUCGACCGUUACAUGAGCAUGGCGCCCGGUGACGCCGGACUCGAGGUGCUGUACAUGACCGACAUCCUCAACGACCAGGACCGUGCUGCCAUCACGGACAUCUGCACUACGUACAACCUGGAGGAGCCGCAGGAGAUGACUGACUCUACGCUCUUUGAAGACGCCCUACGGUCCUUCAGCGACGUCGAACCAAAUGCGGCCACGGACACGACUACGGCCGAGGACGCCUUGCUGUCGGACGCGCCCGAGGUGCUGGGCACGCCGCAAAAGGGCAUGGGCCUACGGACGCUGAAGCAGACGCUCAGCCUCUUUUCCGAGAUCCCGCAGGGCCGCGACAUUGCCGGUCUCGGGCUGGCAGAGCGGCGCGAGAUCCAGUCACGGCUGGAGCGGGACUGUGUGACGGCGGCGGUGGAGCGGUGGCGCGACGAGAACGAGGAGCUGCUCAAGAUCGGCAUGAACACGUCUCUGACGACGGCCUCGCUCAACUCGCGGCUAUACGAGUGGCACAAGGACCUGGAGCUGCGACUGGCACAGGAAUUGAAAAAGGUCGAUCUGUCGGAGGCGACCAAGAACAAGAACAAGGAGGACCUGGACCGCUGUCUGUACGGGCCAUUUCUUCAGCAGUCAGCCACGAGCCGGUUGGCAGCCGUGACCAUUGUCAGCACGCUCAGCAGCCUAGCCAUGCAGGGCGUCGACAAGGGCGUCUCCAUCGGCAACGUGAUCACGCAGAUCGCCAAGGUGGCCGAGGAGGACAUCAAGCUGCAGGCCGAGGCCAAACAACAGGCGUCGCACGGCCGCAAGAUGUCGGCCCGCUUGGCAGCCAAGCAGGCAGCCAAGCAGGCGCUGCGCAAGUCGUCGGUGCUGCUCCGGGGGACGAAGUUGGCGACGGCAGCCGAAGCGAAGGAAGAUGAACCGGUCCCGACGCUGGUGGCGGACCGCGAGCCAGCCGCAGGCAAAGAGAUGACAUGGCCGAUCACGAUCAAGGCCAAGGUGGGCGCAGCCCUGCUGUCGAUGCUGCUGGAGACGGCCAAGGUGACGGCGGUGAAGGAACACCCGGAGACGAAGACGCUGAUCUCGCAACAGCAGCCGGCUUUCAGCCGACUCAACCAGCUGAAGCGCGGCAAGAAGGUCGGGAUGCUGAUCGCGAACCCGACGCUGGUGGAGCUGAUGAAGCGGGAGCCGCGGGCCGACUUUCUGGCACGACACCUGCCAAUGGUGGUGGAGCCGGCACCGUGGACGCGAUUCUACAAAGGCGGCUUCCUCGAGUCACCGGCGCCGCUGGUGCGGGUGAAAGACAGCCGCAAAGACCAGAAGAUGUAUGCAGAGGCGGCGAUCCAGCGCGGCGACAUGGACCAGGUGUUGCGUGGGCUGGACGUGCUGGGCCGCACGGCCUGGAAGGUGAAUCGGCCGGUGUUUGCUGUGAUGCUAGAGGCAUGGAAUACGGGCGAGGAGAUUGCAGAGAUCCCACCGCUGACGCCGGACAUUUCGGUGCCGGCCGAGCCAGACUCGUCCGAGGACCCGAUGAAGCGGCGGCAGUGGCUCAAGGCAGUCAAGGCGGCCGAGAACCAGCGAUCAGGACUGCACUCGGUGCGGUGCUUCACCAACUUCCAGAUGGAGAUCGCGCGGGCGUUCCGCGACCAGACCUUUUACUUCCCGCACAACGUGGACUUCCGGGGGCGGGCAUACCCGAUUCCGCCCUACUUCAACCACAUGGGAGCCGACAACGUGCGAGGGCUGCUGACGUUUGCCAAGGGCAAGCAGCUGGGCGAGAGCGGGCUGCGGUGGCUCCAGGUGCACCUGGCCAACGUGUUCGGCUACGACAAAGCGAGCCUGUCGGACCGGGCAGCGUUUGCGAUGGAGAACCUAGACAAGAUUCGGGACUCGGCGACGGCGCCGCUAACAGGACAGCGGUGGUGGCUGGAGGCCGAGGACCCAUGGCAGUGCCUGGCGGCAUGCUUUGAGCUCAAGGCGGCGCUGGACCUGGAGGACCCGACGACAUACGAGUCGCAUCUGCCUGUGCACCAAGAUGGCACGUGCAACGGACUGCAGCACUACGCAGCUCUGGGCGGCGACUCGUGGGGCGCGCGCCAGGUGAAUCUGGAGCCGAGCGACCGGCCGGCAGACGUGUAUUCGGCCGUGGCGGACAUUGUGAAGGAGAGCAUCGCGGAGGACCUGGCGCGUGGCGACGCGAACGCCAAGGCGCUCACCGGGCUGAUCAAGCGCAAGGUGGUCAAGCAGACGGUGAUGACAAACGUCUACGGCGUGACAUUUGCGGGCGCGCGCAAGCAGGUGCUCAAGCAGCUGGACGCGUUGUACCCGACACUGCAGGCCGACAGCGGGAUCCCGACGAUGUUGCUGGCGUCGUACAUUGCGACCAAGAUCUUCAAGGCGCUGUCGACCAUGUUUGGCGGCGCACACGACAUCCAGAGCUGGCUGGGCGAGGUGGGCGGGCGAGUCUGUCGAGCACUGACGCCCGAGCAGAUCGAGACGAUUGUGAGUGGCGAGCCAGAGGUGGAAGAAGAGGUGGAGGUGAAGGGGGCAGAAGUCGGGUCCGAAGCGGACACGGAGACAGCGACAGUGCCCAAGAAGAGAGGACGACCGACAAAGGCGAGCAAAGAAGCGGAAGAGGUGCGGAAGACGCUGAAAGCCCAAAAGGCCCAGGCGGCCAAGGAAGCCAAGGAGGUCAAGGCAGCAGCCAAGGCAGCCAAAGCAGCGCGGACAGCCAGCAGCAAGACGUCGACGAAGCAGGCCAACGACGAGAUCAUGGGCCAGUUCCGAUCGACGCUGGUGUGGACGACACCACUUCGGAUGCCGGUGGUGCAGCCGUACCGCAAGGCGGCGAGCCGGACGAUCGAGACGUGUCUGCAGGACCUGAUCCUGUCGGUGCCGUCGCGGGCAGAUCCGGUGCACAAGCGCAAGCAGCUGCAGGCGUUUCCGCCCAACUUUAUCCACUCGCUGGACGCGAGCCACAUGCUGCUGUCGGCGCUGGAGUGUGACGAGCGCGGACUGGACUUUGCGGCCGUGCACGACUCGUUCUGGACGCACGCGGCCGACGUCGACACGAUGAACCGGGUGCUGCGUGAUGCCUUUGUGCGCAUCCACGGCGAAGAUGUGGUCGGCCGACUGGCUGCCGAGAUGGCCGCCCGCUAUCGUGGCUGCAUGUAUCUGGCGCAGCUGAGCCGUGCGAGCGCCGCAGCCGGCCGCGUGGUGGCGUGGCGCAAGGCCCAGGGCCGUCUGACGCUCCGCGACGAGCUUGUGCUGGAGAAGCGCCGGCUGGACCUGCUGCAGUCGGCCGACGAGGCGGCUGUGGCGCGUGGUCGUGCCAUGGUGACGCCGGCGAGCAUCUACGCGGCCUACGAGGCCGAGGCUGGCGAGGUCGGUGCCGAGGCGGCGAUCGAGGCCGAGGACGUGACCGAGUUCAAUCUGGGCAGCAUUCCGGUGCCGCGGGAAAAGGGGACGAACGGGGUGGUGGAGGAAGAAGGAGAGAUGGAAAUCGAAGGAGAGGUCGAAGCAGACUCGGAAACACACAAUGUGGAAUCGCACCUUGACGCAGACGAAGAAGACGAGGCUGAAGCCGAAACCGAGGCCGAGACGGCAACACGCGAGAGUGCCGGCCUGUUUGAGACUCAGCUCAAGAACCUGGCGCCGAAAAAGGCCAAGAAGACGGCAGCACCGAAAAAGGCACCGGUACAGAUCUGGAUGCCGCUCACCUUUCCGCCGAUCCCAGCCAAGGGCGACUUCGACGUGCGGCGGCUGCGCGACAGCGACUACUUCUUCUCGUGA